AUGACACUUUUACAAUUGAUUCUACUCUUACUCUUAAUCUUUCUUAUCCUUGCAAUUAUUAUCCCACUCUUACAAUCUUUAAUAUACACUAUCCAACAGUACCAGUUCCGCAGCAAACAACCAUCAACGGCCCCACUACUUGGUCAUGUUUACACUCGUCACUCAUUCCCUUUAGGUAUUCCAGCAUUUGCAAGACUAUUGUAUGCCAAUUAUACAUAUACCACACCUGAAGCCUUAAAAUCAAGUAUUUGUAAAGCACAAGGCCGUAAAACUCAUCGUCGCCAAAUUCUUGGAAGAUAUGUAUUUUUCACCAUUGACCCACAAAAUGUCAAAGCCAUGCUAGCAACCCAGUUUGAAGAUUUUGCAUUAGGACCUCGUUCAAAAGCAUUGGAACCGUUACUGGGAGCAGGAGUAUUUACAGUUGAUGGGACAGCGUGGCGACACGCACGUGGAAUGCUACGACCACAGUUUGCAAGAGAUCAAGUGUCACAGGUUGGAAUGAUGGGCAAGCAUGUUGAAUUAUUUUUGGGGCAGGUUGAACAUGCAACAAAAGAUGGAGGAGUUGUGGAUAUCCAGGAAUUAUUAUUUUUGUUGACACUUGAUACAGCAACAGAGUUUUUAUUUGGAGAUAGUGUGGGGGCAUUAGAGGGAAAGGGAAAGAAAGAUGCAAGAGAAACAAGAUCGUUUGGAGAAGCAUUUACUAAAGCCCAGAGAGUGCUUGCACAUAGAGUACGUGCUCAGGGGUUUUGUGAUGCAGUAACAGUUGCAUGGCCUGAAUUCUCUAGAUGGUGCUUAGAAUGUCGUACAUACACGGAAAGAUUUGUUUUACGGGCAUUGGAGAGGGCAAACCAGGAAGAUAUAACUGUGGAAGGGGAGAAUAAGAAGAAGGAGAAUAAAAAGAGAUAUGUUUUUUUAGAGGAAUUGGCUAAACAUACAAGGGACCCUGACGUGUUGCGGGAUGCGGCGUUGAAUGUGUUAUUAGCAGGUCGUGACACAACGGCUUCAUCUUUAGCAUGGGCAUUUUAUCAUUUGGCCAAAGAUAUUACGAUUCAAAGACGGUUGCGGAAGAUAUUACGGGGCCAGUUUUGUAAUUCAGAGACAGGAGAAAUUGAAGGGAUGACAUUUGAAGGACUUAAACGGUGUAAGUACUUGCAGUAUGUUAUCAAGGAGACUUUACGGUUACAUCCACCUGUACCUGUGAAUGUGAGGACGGCCACAUGUGACACUACAUUACCUCGAGGAGGAUAUUGCAAGAAGAUGGCGGGUGAUUGGCAAAGUGAUGAUGAGGAUGGGAGGGUAUUUGUUCCAAAGGGUAGUAGUGUUUUUUACAGUGCGGUUGCGAUGCAUACUGAUGAGAGUGUUUGGGAUUAUGGGGAAGAGUUUUUGCCUAGUCGGUGGGAGGGCAAUGAUAAUCAAGAUAAUGAUGAUGAUGAUGAUGAGCAUGAAGAUGAUAAUAAAGAAGAGAAGGAAAGAAAGAAGAAAAGAAAUUUUGAAAAGAGGGUAGAUCCAUGGCAGUAUAUUCCUUUUAAUGGAGGGCCUCGGGUAUGUUUAGGUCAACAGUUUGCAUUGACAGAACUUGGGUAUGUUAUUGCACGGGUAGUUUUGUAUUUUGAAGAGAUUAGGUUAGAUGAAAAGAAGAUGAUGGGAGGAAGAGAAGAAGAAGAAGGAAGAGGAUUUGAAAAAGGAUUUGAAAAAGGAAAAGUGAAAGCACUAAGUGAUGCACAAGUGACUUUGAGCGUUGCUGGAGGGGUUUGGAUACGGGUUAUGCGGAACUCGGGACAAAUCUAA